AUGUCGACGGGAGCGAGUCUGGGCGACAUCUCCCGUCGAAAUCCGCAGGAGGACUUUGAGCUACUCGCGCGAAUAGGCAGCGGAACCUAUGGCGACGUCUAUAAGGCGAAACACACGACGACGGGCGAGCUCAGCGCCGUCAAAAUCAUCAAAAUUGAGCCCGGUGAUGAAUUCAAUUUGAUCAAACAAGAGAUUGACAUGCUCAAGGACAAUGAACAUAAAAAUAUUGUGAAAUACUUUGGUAGCUACCUGCGCAUGCAAAAGCUAUGGAUCGCCAUGGAAUACUGCGGUGGUGGCUCUAUUCAGGACAUUUAUCACAUCACAGGCCCCUUGGCGGAGAAACAGAUUGCUUAUGUUUGUAGGGAGACCCUAAGAGGACUUGGAUAUCUCCAUCGGAAAAGCAUAAUGCACAGGGACAUCAAAGGUGCUAACAUUCUCCUGACAAACACUGGCGACAUAAAACUUGCUGAUUUCGGUGUCUCUGCUCAAAUUACCCAAACGAUCGGAAAACGCAAGAGCUUCAUUGGCACGCCAUAUUGGAUGGCACCUGAAGUCGCAGCUGUCGAACGCAAAGGAGGAUACGAUGUCAAGUGCGAUGUUUGGGCAGUCGGUAUUACAGGAAUCGAAAUGGCCGAGCUUCAGCCGCCAAACUUCGAUCUACAUCCGAUGCGAGCUCUUUUCUUGAUGAGCCAGCGAAGCUUCAAAUCUCCUAAGCUCAAGGAUCAAUCGCGCAACAAAUGGUCAAAGGAAUUCCAUGAUUUUAUCAAGGUCUCGUUGACCAAGUCGUCGAGAAGUCGUCCAACUGCUGAACAACUUCUUCGACACUCGUUCGUGAUCCAAGCUGGAUUGAGCUCGAAUCUUUGCGCAGAACUGAUCGAAAAAAGCCGUAAUCCUUCCCGUCCACAGCGAGCAGACGAGCUAGACGAGGAAGAUCAUGACAUUGUCGGCCCUAUUUCAGUAAAAGGCUCUGGUGGAAAAGACCUGGAAGCUCCAGACUCUCAGCCGCCAGCUGUGUCAAAAGACGAAAUCAACGAACUCGGAGAUCGUUUGAGUAAUUCAACGAGUGUAUCGAACAGCACGAAUGAUUCCCAAGCGACGCUGGUGCGACCAAUCUCGCGUGAAGUGAAGGAUUACGAAAAUACGCUGAUCCGGCCAGUUUCCAGAGCAGCGGGAGCUAGCAGUAAUAACGCUGGUGCUCCACCAGCUCGUCCGAGCAAGCUCCCCGCGCCGCCGAUCCCAGCCGGUCCCUCGGUGCCGCCGAGACAGCAUCACAAACCGCUGCAGCCAGCACCGCCAAUCCCUUCAUCUGCCAAUGCCAAUUCAAAAGCAAUUCCUUCUGAAGUUCAACAAGCGCCCGUCAGACCUCAACACAGGAAGAGAACAAACUCCGCGUCGACGGACUCAGGAAACAGCAACCCUACAGUCACGGCAGGAGCAAACAAUCAAGCACCUCAAGUGCCCGCCCGCGCCCGUCCUCCAAAGCCUCCACCACCAAAUACAACAGGCAGCAAAAACGUCUCAAAUGGAAUUUUAUUACAACCAAAAGUGCACAUGGGCGCUGGUCUUAGUAAAAUUUUCAACGGUUGUCCUCUGGAAAUAAACUGCGCGACAAGUUGGACGCAUCCAGAAACUGAAGAACAGUACAUUCUCUUUGGUUGCAACGAGGGGCUCUAUUACCUGAACCUGGGCCUGCUCCACGAGGAAGAAAUGGUGCGCCUUCUUCAGCGAAAAAUCAGCUGGAUGAUCAUUUGGGACAAUAUCUUAAUCACGCUCACGGGCAAAAAGAAUCCACAAUUAUACUCGCACGACUUGGCAACUUUGAUAGACAAAACGGCGAAGGCCACGAUUGCUAGAAUCCCAUCAGUUAUUAGUAGACGAUUUUCUGUGACCAGAAGUAUACCAGAUACUAAAGGUUGUAUAAAAUGCGACCAUGUGCGCAACGCAGGGGACAUUUAUCUGGUGGCGGCGACGCACCACUCGAUAAUUCUCCUCCAGUGGCACGACAUGCUCCGUCGCUUCGUCAUUUUUAAGCAGGUGGAUAUGGCGGUACCGGAGCAUUCGCCCUUCCGUCUUGUCAUUUCAUCCCCAGAUAACAGCAAUGGAAGUCUACCGUCCGUUCUCGUCGGUGUUUCGGCGCCAACAACGCGCGACACGAACUUUCACGUCCAUUUGGUCGAUCUUAACGUCGCCAAUCCCGAAAUUGUUAUCGACGAAGAUCACCUCCUGCCCGUCACCAUUGCCAAACAGCUCGAAUACGACACACUCGUCAUCGGCUUCGAUCGCUUCAUCAAAAUCGUCUCCAAGCGCGGCGUGUUGAAACCGACGCGCAAGCUACGCUCCGAAAUUACAUUCGACUUUGAGUUGCAAGACGCCGUUUGUCUGCCAGACAGCGUCCUUGGCUUCCACAACCAUGGCUUGCAGGGAAGAUCGUAUCGGGAUGAAUCAAUCACCCAGGAGCUUAACGACCCAAACAAGAAUUUUAAGCUACUAUGCGGCCAAGGCGUCAUCGUGCUAGAAACAAAAACGGCGCUGACCCAAACGAGUGACAUUUGGCUGGUGACCGGCUGCGGGCCCUAA